CCUUUACUCGGAAAGCUUUUUGUUUUGUUGAUGUUCGCUUUCUGUAGUGUUUUUGGCAUUAAGCAGGAGUUUGGCUACAUUUUGGAUUAAUGCAUUUAAGUAACAACCUAUUUGCUACGAUAGUGUACGAUAGUGUGCAGUACGUAGCCGCUUCUGAUAAGAAUCGUCUAUUUUAAUUACUCCCAGUGUGUGAAAUUGAUCCUGAUGGCGAAUGACCGACUGCGAGCUUUGGAAGAGGUUGAGAAUCAAAUUGCAACGAUUCUGCAGUGCGCAGGUUCGUCUACCCCUGGAUGCAGCAACAAGAGUUCAAAUACAUUGCAACGUUGUGUUGGAGCUGUCUAAAGACAAGCACAACGCCAGUUUCCUGGACAGACAGCUCAGCCAGUUUACUGGAUCCGUCAAUAGAGUGGAGACUGAGCUCAGCUCACAAAUCAGAUACCUCACACAGGUUGCCACAGGCCAGCCCCACGAAGGCUCCACGUACUCGGCCAGAAAAGACUGUCAAAUGGCCUUGAACCGAGCAGAAUACACCAGGGUCAAACUGGGAGAGCUGGGACGCACCUGCGAAGUCAUGCUGGAUCCACAACCCUGAGAGAAUGCACAUGGUCGGCACUCGGCAGAGCGCAGCAGGGGGAUGUUUCCAUCGCUUGCCGUCACCGUGGUGUUUUAGGACCACCUGCCGAAGAGAGGCGGGGACUGAAAAACGUAUUUUUAUAUGAUAUCAGUCAUGUAUCUGGCAAUGUUCUGUAAUAAAGUUAGUGCUUCAUUACAUUGUCAUGCAUACACAGAACGUACACGCACUUACAAAUAGACCAUUUUGUAUGUUAAGUUUUUUUUAUUUGACAUUUUCUAAAAUGCAGUACAAAAUAAAGAAGCGACAUAUAUUCUCCAA